UUGCUGUGUACGACUCUACCAUACUGCUCCCAGCUAGUGCAGCGGCUGGUAAAAACGGCUUAUCCCCCCAUUGUUGUCCUAAUGAAUUAGUAUAUUCCCUAGCUGGCCAGGAUCUUUGCGGAUUAUUGUCAAUUAGAAGAGUGUGUCAAUAGUGUGAUAUUGUGGUUGAAGAAGCCAUGUCGUCUAGGUAUCCGGAGGAGGCCCCCGCCAGCGUGCCUCGCAGAGCCUUAGCAAUGACAUGCAUGACAAUUGAAGACUACAGAAACACCUACUGGCCGCAGUUACAAGCGGCGGUUGACCGACUAUUACAAGGACCUCCGCCUCCAUACCACACUGGGCAGGUUAUUGAAUUUGAGCCCAUGUAUUCUGCAGCAUACAAGUGUGUGUGUCAACAACAUUCUGAAGCACUCUAUAAUGACCUAAUGUCGCAUGUUAACAAGCAUUUUAUCAAGGUUGCAAUGGAGAUGCAGCAGUUGGAUGACUUCCAGCUUAUUGAUAGUUAUUACGCCGUUAUUCAUCGUGUCAUAUAUAGUCUAGAUGGCAUCAUUCCAAUAUUUACAUAUUUGAAUAAGGUGUAUGUUUCGACAAAAUUAUCAUCUAAUCUACGAACAGAGCUGCAGAAUUUAUUUUGCACAGCCGUUAUAGAUCCAGUUAUUGACAAAUUAAUGGUGAUGGUGAAACGAGCAACGGGAAUGACUACCGUCACUAUAGUGCCUCAUGUAAUAGCUACACUUGUUAAGAGCAUUCACAAGCUUAAUCCAAAUUAUGCUCAAAGAUACCCACAGGUGUUUGCACAAUACAUUCCUGGUGUUCUUCCCACCAUGCGUGAACAUGAGUUACCUGGUUACAUUAAUGAAACUCAAGAACUACAAGCAUCUCUUAGGCAGUCCUGGGUCAGUUCAAGUCCUCGGGGAAAGAAGCGCUGUUUGGAUGAAGAAAUGCAUACAUAGUAUCCUACUUUUUUAUAGAUUUAAAUUAAUAAUUCCAGAUGUCCAAGUGCAAUUCUGUUGUACAUUCUUUAGAUUUUUACUUGUCUUCAUGGUUAAAUAAAAAUAUAUUAAUUUUGA